ACCAGUCACGCCAUAGUGCAGUGCUAGUCACGCCAUUGGCUGAAGGUGCAUGCCAGCUUGAAGCAUUUCGGCAGCUUGCCCUGAAUACGUUAGUUGCUGUUUCGUGGUGCCUUGACGCCAGACCGGUUAGCCAUCGUGCUCUGACAGGACGUUCCUUGCUCAGCAUUCUCUACGGACUCUUCGUCGUCAGCAUUCGCUGAGUCAUCAGCGUAUACUAUUUCCUCCAUUUGAUAGUUAUUCCGUCGUGAGCUUCGUCCUAGAGCCUAAGCUUCCUCUUUCAGCAAUUUCUCAGAGCCGCACGAGGUUAAGCUCCAGGUGGCUUUGAUUCCGCUUUGUGCGGCCACGUGCGAUCUGGUGGGAUAAAUAAACAUGGCUUCCGAACUGUUAAGGCCACAGGGGGACGAGACGAUGCAGCAGGACGACGGUACACAAGGGUCAGACGGCGUCCAAAUACCCAAGGAAGGGCAGUUGACGUACGACGGCCGCUACAGGCGCUACAGCUUCUACGGCAUCAUCUUCGAGGUCCCAGUCCGCUACGUCCCGCUCGUCCCCAUUGGCCGAGGAGCCUACGGAAUCGUCUGCUCGGCACGAGAUGAGACAACUGGGGAGGAGGUGGCGAUUAAGAAGAUUGGCAAGGCGUUCAACGACCGCACAGACGCCAAGCGGACCCUGCGCGAGAUUGUGCUGCUCAGAAACAUGAACCACCCCAAUGUGAUCGCCAUCAAGGACAUCAUCCGUCCGCCCAACCCCGGGAGCUUCCAGGACGUGUACAUUGUGUACGAGCUCAUGCCCACGGACCUUCACGAGGUCAUUCGCUCAGGCCAGGCCAUGGACGAGCGGCACUACAAGUUCAUCCUGUUCCAGCUGCUGCGCGGCACCAAGUACAUCCACUCGGCCAACAUCCUCCACCGCGACUUAAAGCCCCCCAACAUCCUCAUUGAUGCGCGCUGCAACAUCAAGAUCACCGACUUUGGGCUCGCGCGCACCCGUGUGGAAACCACGGACCAUCUAACCGAAUACGUGGUGACGCGGUACUACCGCGCGCCGGAGCUGCUGGUGAACAACCAGCAGUACAGCGCGUCCAUUGACGUGUGGUCGGUGGCGCUGAUCUACCUGGAGCUCGUGCUGGGGCACAUCGUGCUCAAAGGGGACAACUACGUGGACCAGCUGCGCAAGACAUGCGAGCUGAUCGGAUCCCCCACUGAAGAGGACGCGUCCUUCAUAGUCAACGAUGCCGCCCGCACCUUCCUGCUCUCGGAGCUGCAGGGCUUCCCCGCGAGGAGCCUCAGGGAAGUUUUUCCUAAACUUUCAGAGCUCGCGGCUGACUUGACCCAGCGCAUGCUGGUGUUCGACCCGAGAAAGAGAAUCACAGUGGACGAGGCUCUGGCCCACCCGUACCUUGCGCACUACCACAAGUCGAACCAGGACCCGCCCCAUCCGAACCCGUUCCAGUACGACCUGAGCUUUGAGCAGGAGGAGUACGACAUCCCCCGCAUCCGCCAGCUCAUCUUCGAACAAGCCUGCGCCUUCAACCCACAAUAAAUAUUUCCGUCACGGUUUGAGAAAAUCUGGGUAAAUGUGUGUGCUGUAUUAUGUUCGCUUCGUAUUGUAGAGAUUAAAUAGCUAGCUAUCCUGUGGGUAAAUGACUUUCCAGCAAACUGCAAUACAGUUUGCUGUGUGGGUAUUUAUUUGUAGGCCCCACCAUUUUUGCUAGUAGAACUGUACCCUCUAGCCUCCAUGUUGGGUAGGCCGUAUUCUGGAAUGCAAACAGUGUCGAGCAACCUCCUAGGAUAGGUUCGGAACUGGCUAAAAGCCAAACAAU